AUGCCAGCUCCAUUCAAGAAGGGAUCCGAGAAGAAAGGUGCUACUCUGUUCAAGACCAGAUGUAUGCAAUGCCACACCAUCGAAGAAGGUGGACCUAACAAGGUUGGUCCAAAUUUGCACGGAGUUUUCGGACGCCGUUCCGGUAAAGCCGAAGGGUACUCGUACACUGAGGCCAACAUCAAGAAAGACGUUGAAUGGACCGAACAGACCAUGUCUGAUUACUUGGAAAACCCAAAGAAGUACAUUCCAGGUACCAAAAUGGCGUUUGGAGGUUUGAAGAAGGAGAAGGACAGAAACGACAUUGUCACCUACAUGGCCAAGGCUGCCAAAUAA